AUGAAAAAGCAUCCUUCUGAAAAUUUAUUAGAUUAUUGUGUGUAUUACAAAGACAGAUAACUUCCAGCUUUACAUAAAACUGAGGCAGUUAAAAGAGCCUUGAUCAUGGAUUCAAUAACAAACCAUGAACAUCCUCUCAAUCAGUUGAUCGAAAAAAAACAAACAUUUGUGCCCUUCAUCAAUGAAAGGGAUAGCAUGGGUAGACUAAUAUCAAGUGAAUCUUAUCAUAGAAAAAGAAAAAGUGAUGCAUCCAGUAUCUUUAAUUCUCCAAAAAGCAGUCAUCACUUUCUGAGCAAGAACUCAAUUUCAAACACAAGUAGUUUGUAUGAGAAUUAACUACCUGCCACAAGGCUAAAAUUAAAGAAUCUUUUGGGAGGCACUCCUGAAAAUACAGAAUUAAUUUAAUCUACUUUAUUAGCUAGUUAAAGCGAAUUUAAAUAAUCUUUCUAGUUCAACUCAAAACACAAUCAGGUCUCUCUGAGAUUACACAGAAAGAACAACAGUCUCUAAAAUAAACUGCCUCUAUUUGCUCGAGAAUCUAGGAUUCCUGAAUUAAAAUUGUUCAAAUAGCCAACUACACCAUAAGCUACUCGAUUCUUUUAAAGCAAUUAUGUGAUCGAAAUGUUUAACUAAAAUAAAAUCCCUGAUUACAAAAUGCAAUAUGUAAUAUUGAUGGAAAGAAUGAGUAAAUUUUAAUUGGAAUUUUUGAAGGAUGUGACAGCGAAUGAAAGAAGAAGAACAUUCGUUAAAUUGGACAAGAAUAGAAGAUUUAAAUUAAGUUUAUUGUUACUAAUUUCUAAAGCUUAAACCUAGUACGGAAUGUUAUAAUGA